AUGUGCGCGUGCCGAACUUUGCCCCUUUGUUUACGAGUUGCUUAUUUUUUGGAUCGGCGUGUGUUGCAUCGUUCGCGUGACCGCAGGACGAUUUUGACGGGUAUACUUCGCCGUUUGGCAGAGUUCAAAGUUCUCCUACGCGGUGCGCAAUUGGCUCGGCUAUCGGAAUUUGUAACCAUUGGCGGUGUGGCCGCUCGCGCGUGCGGUCUCGCGUUCUUCUCACAACGCGCCAUCGCCACCCUGUUUUUGUUUGUUACCCGUUACCGCGAAGCUGAGCGGUGCUCAGUAUCGUCGAGUUUGAUUUCGUCGAAUUACGUAUCUGAGAGUGCAGCUUCGCAUCCCGUUGUUGACGUGCUGACAACGUGUAGAGUGCGAGAUCGGACACCUGGGCGAAACCCAUUGUUGACAGUCAGCAAGGUACUGUUUGGCGAAGAAGCGGUUGGAGAUGCAGCUGUUCACUCUAGAAUUGCGAUCUGUUUUGCGAUGGCCUCCACAAAUCCUGCUGACAACACCGAAUCGUCGAAUGCGGUCAAGCUGGAAAUCUACCAACGCUUGAUGAGCUUACCCUUGCUACAAGCGGCCAUGGAGCAGGCUUUGAAGACGUAUGGCACUGCGAAAAAAUCGAUUCCGGUUUUUAACUAUGCGUUGAACUUGACGGAGUCAACGGUCACUCGAGCGAUGAGCGUUGCUGCACCGGUCGUCAGCAGGAUCGACGCACCUAUAUCGUCGACCGUCGUUGCGACAUCUACUUCCGUGCACACGGUUACUUCUCAAGCUUCGAAAUUGGCCUCUGAGGUGCUGAAGUUUUGGGAUACCACUCACGUGAACCUGUCGAUUCUGUACUCGGUGCAGCUGUUUGCGUCCUAUUCGGAUCUACUAUUCCAACGCGUAACAGGUCUUUGCAGUCCGUUGCUUCCGGUUACUGCGCAGAAGUCUCUGGUUAAAGCAUCGUCCUUGAUUUCAAACUACAGCGAUACCGUAAUGAAGGCAAAAUCACUAACCGAGCUGAAAGUGGAAGUUUUCGCACAGGCAUCGAACGCGCUGGAAACUGUUCAUCACGUGUUUAUGGAAGCGGUAGAUGUUGUUUCCGAGUACCCGCCGUUGAACUCGCUGGGUAUCAGCCUGGAGGGCACCGUAUUUGACUCGGACGUGUUAGUGAUCGAUCGCGAUCUGCGACUGCCGGAACCGCUGUCGCCGGUUCUUCCCAUAAUUGAACCGCGACUGCCGAUCGAUGCACAGAUGGGUUAA